CGUCGCUCAAGUUCUCCACCCAUCGCGUCGCGUUCGCCAUCGUUUCCUGUGACUUGACAUAGAAACGACUAGACUAUGGCGACAAUAUCCAACGUGGUGUCGGACUCGACUAAAGAGAAUAUCCCGCUAACGCGAACCGCGUCGGAGACGUUCAGUGACGCUCAUGGCGCACACUCACAGCCGCUGGCGAAGAGGAGAAAGCUAGGAGGCGACUCAUUCCAGGGCUCGCAACCGACAAAUCAACCUUCCUUUGCCGAAGUGCUGGAGCGCCUUAAAGAGGACGCGGGUGAAACUAAAGACAUUGAGGGCGGGGCCGACUGCUGGCCAAGGCCGAAACUCGGUCCUAUUGACGAGAAAAGAGAUACCAUCAUAUUCCAGCAAAUCGAUGUGGAGGACUGUUACGAUGGCGGGACAGUGGGUUUCCGAAUGUUUGGUGUAACAGAGGCGGGCCACAGCGUAAUGACCUAUAUUUCAGACUUUCUUCCUUAUUUCUAUGUGCCAGCCCCCCGCGGCUUCACGGAGAGCGAUACAUGGGCGUUCGCCGAGUACUUGAACAAUGCCGGCAGUGGUGGCGUCAAAGGCGCAGAACUCGUCAAGAGAAAGAGCCUAUGGGGAUACAGAGGCGACGACUGGAUCGUGUUCAUCAAAAUCACCCUGUUCGAGCCGCGCAGCUUACCGAGGAUCAGAGGCAUCUUUGAGCGAGGCGAAUGUAGUUUCCGUGACCUCUUCAAGGAUCAGACAGCGACGUUCGAGAGCAAUAUACAGUUCACAUUGCGUUUCAUGAUCGACGCCAAGGUCCUCGGCAUGAAUUGGAUCGAGGUUCCUGCAGGAUCCUACAAGCUGACUCCUGAGAGCAAGAAGAAGUCUCACUGUCAGAUCGAACUCAGCGUCCGCUGGGAUCGAUUCAUUUCGCACCCAGCUGAGGGACAAUGGUCAAAGAUUGCUCCUCUCCGUAUCCUCAGCUUCGACAUCGAAUGCGCGGGGCGAAAAGGCAUCUUCCCCGAGGCGAACGUUGAUCCAGUCAUCCAAAUCGCAAGCAUGGUCACUCGGCAGGGCGAGAGCAAGCCCUUCAUUCGUAACGUUUUUACCCUCAACAGCUGUGCACACAUCGUGGGCUCGCAGGUCUUGAGCUUUGACGAUGAGGUCCAACUGUUCACUGCUUGGCAACGGUUCGUAGAGGAGGUUGACCCCGACGUUGUCAUUGGCUACAACAUCGCCAACUUCGACAUACCGUACCUGCUGGACCGUGCUAAGGCCGUUAAGGCGGACAAGUUCCCGUACCUUGGCCGCAUGAAGAAUAUCAAGUCGCAGAUGAAAGAGACGCAUUUUUCGUCGAAGGCGUUCGGUCAACGUGACUCGAAGGAGACUGCGCUCGACGGGCGGCUUCAAAUUGAUCUCCUGCAGUAUAUGCAACGUGAACAUAAGCUGCGCAGCUAUACGCUGAACUCCGUUUGUGCGCAAUUCCUGGGAGAACAGAAGGAGGAUGUGCACCACUCAGUGAUCACGGAGCUGCAAAACGGGACGUCGGAGUCGAGGAGACGGCUAGCGGUCUACUGUCUCAAGGAUUCGUAUCUGCCUCAACGGCUGAUGGAUAAGCUGAUGUGUUUCAUUAACUACACUGAGAUGGCUCGCGUGACUGGCGUACCCUUCAACUACUUGCUCUCUCGUGGACAGUCUAUCAAGGUCUUGUCCCAGCUUUACCGGAAGGCCAAUGACGACGGCUAUAUCGUCCCUUCGCUGAAGGGAGAGGGUUCAGAUGAGCAGUAUGAAGGUGCCACCGUCAUCGAACCUAAGAAGGGCUACUACGACGUACCUAUUGCGACAUUGGACUUCAGUUCACUGUACCCAUCCAUCAUGAUGGCGCAUAAUCUCUGCUACACGACGCUAAUUGACAAGAAGAACAUUGACCGUCUCAACCUUGUCAAAGAUGUGGAUUACGUCCAGACACCGAACAACGACUUCUUCGUCACAUCUUCCAAGCGCAAGGGAUUACUUCCCACCAUUCUGGAAGAUCUUAUCGCGGCACGUAAACGCGCCAAAGCCGAUCUGAAGAAGGAAACGGAUCCAUUCAAGCGCGCUGUGCUGGACGGUCGACAGCUUGCGUUGAAGAUCAGUGCCAACUCUGUAUAUGGUUUUACGGGUGCAACCAUUGGCAAAUUGCCGUGUCUGCCCAUCUCCUCUAGCGUCACUGCAUACGGUCGUCAAAUGAUCGAGAAGACGAAGAAGGAGGUAGAGGCCGAGUACUGCAUCGCGAACGGUCAUAUGCACGAUGCCGAGGUCAUCUACGGUGAUACUGAUUCGGUCAUGGUGAAGUUCGGUCCCACAGACCUACCCAGUGUCAUGGCUCUAGGCAGUCAAGCGGCGGACCUCGUCACAACGAAAUUCAUCAAGCCGAUCAAGUUGGAGUUCGAGAAGGUCUACUUCCCGUAUUUGCUUAUCAGCAAGAAACGCUACGCGGGUCUAUACUGGACAAGACCGGAGAAGUAUGACAAGAUGGAUACGAAGGGCAUCGAGACUGUACGACGGGACAACUGUCGGCUUGUCUCCACAGUCAUCGAAACGUGCCUUCACAAGAUGCUGAUUGAUCGGGAUGUGAAGGGGGCCGAAGACUACGCCAAACAGAUCAUCUCAGACCUCCUGCAGAACAAAGUCGACAUGUCGCAGCUUGUCAUCACCAAAGCACUUGCAAAAGCUGACUACGCUGCCAAGCAAGCGCACGUAGAAUUGGCAGAGCGCAUGAAGCAGCGCGAUGCCGGUUCAGCACCUGCCCUGGGCGACCGUGUGGCCUAUGUUAUCAUCAAAGGCGUGAAGGGUGCUGCGGCGUAUGAGAAGUCUGAGGACCCUAUCUACGUCCUUGAGAACAACAUACCGAUAGACACAAAGUAUUACCUCGAGAACCAGCUGUCCAAUCCGCUCAUGAGGAUCUUUGAGCCUAUUCUCGGCGAGAAAGCGGCAUCACUGUUGUCUGGCGAUCACACGCGGACGAUCCAGAUUGCGACACCCACUGUCGGCGGGCUGAUGAAAUUUGCUGUGAAGACUGCGACUUGCAUGGGCUGUAAGACGCCCCUGCGACCGAGCAACAGUCAGAAGAACGGCGCCGUAUGUAAUAAUUGCAGACCAAGAUUAGGCGAAUUCUUCCAGAAGCAGGUAACCACUACUUCUGACAUGCAAGUACGGUUCUCUCGUCUUUGGACUCAAUGUCAACGUUGCCAAGGCUCUUUGCAUAUGGACGUUCUAUGCACGAGCAAGGAUUGUCCUAUCUUCUACAUGAGGAAAAAGGCGCAGAAGGACGUCGAAGAUGCCAACGCCCAACUUGAACGCUUUGAUCACGAACUCUGGUAGAUGGGGCACCCUGGAUGAUGCCAUGUAUUCUUAUUGUUGCGAGCAUGGGACUUGUGUAUACCUCAGCACUUGCGUAAUUUGUACUCUAGUGAACCUGCCCAGUGUUCAUGUAAUUGAUUGAGACGCG